UCACACUGGGUGCCUGUCGCCAAGUUGGAAAAAGUUGUUUUGUAUUAAAGACAUCAGAAGGAUUAGUUAUGUUAGAUUGUGGUCUACAUCCUUCGUAUCAGGAUGAUAGAAGAUACCCUAACUUUGGUUUAGCUUUUUCUUAUGGUCCUUUAAAAGCUGUCUUUAUCACACACUGCCAUGCCGAUCAUGUCGGAGCUCUACCUAUAUUAACCGAGAGAUGGGGUUACGAUGGCCCUAUUUAUAUGUCUGAGCCUACAAGAAAACUUUCAUACUACAUAUUGGAAGAGUGUGUAGGUAGUUGGGGUGGCGACGAUGAAUGGACGGAUUCCAGUCGCUCCGAGUGGUCGUAUACACAACGAGAAGUAGAAAGUUGCUUAACAAAGGUAACGAUUAUGGAACCUGGACAAUCUAUUUCGGUCGGUGAAAAUGUUCAAGUGCAUAGUUGGAUGGCUGGACAUGUGCUGGGUGCUUACAUGUUUAGCAUCGUCGUAGACAACCAUCGAAUAUUGUAUACAGGUGACUUUACCAGUUGUCCUACUUUUCAUUUACCUCCAGCACGGGUUGAUGAUAUUCCCUACCCACCCGACGUUAUCUUAAGCGAAGCAACCUACGCCACCAGUUUCAAGGAUGGAAGAUUGAACAAUCAAGUAGAGUUCAUUCAGAAUGUGUUGGAUUGUCUGUUGGAUGGUGGCAAAGUGCUUGUACCGGUAUUUGCUAUUGGUAGGGCGCAAGAGUUGUUGUUAUUAUUGGAAAUGUAUUGGCAACGGUUUCAUUUAUCCUUUCCUAUUCUCUUUUCCACCAAAAAUGCUCAUCAAGUGUUGCAAAUAUAUACUGAGUUUGCUCAUUGGACUCGUACGCCAUCGACCAGGGAUGAACAGAUGAUGAGUUAUCAGACGUGGUGGAGUCGAGUCCAAGUUGUCGAUCCAGAACAGUUGCUGGAUGCUGUUGAAGAGUGGGAUAGACCAUUGGUGGCGUUAACUACACCGGGAACAUUGGCAAGAGGUUUAUCGUUGCAAGUUUUUCGAAGGAUUGCACCGGAUGAAAAGAAUCUGUUGAUCAUUCCUCAUUUUUGUAUAUCGGGAACGAUAGAGAAACGACUGUUGGAGGAAGGAUGUUGUGAUGAGAACAAGAUAACAAAUGAAAAUGAAUCUAUUCGUAUUCGUUGCAAGGUGAGUUAUUGAGAGAAUAUUUGUUGUGUUUUUGAUAUGUUUUUGUGGAGCAGACGAUGAAUUUACACUUUGGUUUUCAUGCAGAUACGAGAGACUUGUUGUUGU